UAUGGGUUAUGGGUUAGGAAUUUGAAGGCUUUUAGCAAGUAACAAUUACUAUUGCAUUAGAUCUCAUUUGAUGAUGCAAUACAUUAAUAAGUUUCAAAACAAGCUUGUUGUGACACUAUAUUGUCGUCAUUCAUGCAUUAUGUUGGAAGCUAUGAUUAUGGAAUGUACAUAAGUAAUGAAUUUUUUCUUGAAGACAAUACUUGAGUGGAUAAACUUGAGGAUAGUGUUGUAUUGCGCAAACCGCAUCUUUGAUCAACGUUCUACGGUGGAGUUUAAUUAAUUCACCCUCAACAUUGUUGUGAUCUUUCAUUAAGAAUGUUAUCACUAGCUACCCGAAAAACUUUGAAAUGCCAAAUUUAUCUGUGUCAUUCAGUGAGAUAUUUGACCACAGUAUCAGGAAGGAAACGCCUGGUUAUACUCGGUACAGGCUGGGGUAGCUACAGUGUUCUUAAGAACAUUGAUAAAAAGCAGUUUGAUGUCACAGUAAUAAGUCCUCGAAACCACUUCCUCUUCACUCCGCUCCUGUGCAGCACCACCGUGGGGACUCUGGAAUUCAGAUCCAUACUUGAGCCUGUUCGCAAUUUUGGGUUUCGUAAAUUGGAAGAUUUUCACUUGUCGCGUGCCACUGGUAUUGAUUUCACCAAGCACGUUGUCCACUGUGAGAGUGCGUUGAAACCAGGAGCCUGCUAUGAUGUGGAGUAUGACCGGCUGGUGAUUGGAGUCGGCUCCCUUAGUAACACAUACAACACACCGGGGGUCGCUGAGCAUGCUUUCUUUCUAAAGGAAGUGGGUGAUGCUAGAAAGAUUCGUAACAAGAUAUUGAGCAACUUUGAGCUGGCGACUCAGCCGACCGUGUCCCAGGCGGAGAGUGACAGGCUGCUACAUAUCGUUAUUGUGGGAGGGGGGCCUACUGGGGUCGAGUUUGGGGCAGAGGUGUAUGACUUUGUUGAACAGGAUGUAGCCAGGCUGUACAAGGGGAAGAAGGACAGUGUACGAGUCACUCUUGUUGAGUCCAAUAAAAUUCUUGGUUCGUUUGACAAGCGUCUCCAAAAGUUUGCAGAGAAACAAAUACAGAGCAGACGAGGCUUCACAUUGGCAAGGGAUUUGGUGACUGGUGUGUACGAGGACCACGUGGUGUUGAAGACUGGAGGCAAGUUGCCGUGUGGUCUGGUAGUCUGGAGUACAGGCCUGGCUCCCAGGGAGUUUGUACGGGACAUGGACAUCCCCAAGAACCCAAGGGGACAGAUUCUCACCAACAGGAGCCUGCAAGUGCAGGGAGACCCAACUGGUCAGUCCUACGCCCUGGGGGACUGUGCUGACAUCGUGGACAUGCCCUUACCUUGUACUGCACAGGUUGCUGAGAGACAGGGCCGGUACCUGGCUCUACUCCUGAACAACAGGACCAGUGAGGAGUUCAAGUUCUUCAGUGCUGGCAUGCUGGCCUACAUUGGCGGGUACCAAGGGCUCACAGACCUGCCCCAGGGCAAACUGCAGGGGUUUCCCUCCUGGUUCCUCUGGAGAUCAGCCUACCUGACCCAGCUGGGCAGCUGGAGACUGCGCAUGCAGGUACCUGUAGACUGGACCAAGACUUUGCUCUUUGGCAGAGACAUUUCCAGACUCGAGUGAUUGUUCACCAGACUGUGCAAUUAAUGAAUACAUGUAUACACUGAUAAGUGUCCAGACUGUGCCUUUAUGAAUCUUAUGUCUAACACUUUCAGUUUCAUUAUUUGAUAAAUUGUAUUGGGCGCAUGUAUGUUAAUAUGUUUAAAAUAUUUAUUUUGUUCUGUUUGUUGUUGUUAGCUCACCUAACUAGUAAUUCUACCCCAAUAAUGUACUAAAAUGUGGUAUGAUAGAUGCACUGCACACCACCAAGUCAGAGCAUGUCUAAAGUCUUUGUAAUUUUCUGUUUAAUUUAUAUAUAGAAUAUGAGAAAAGAAUGUAUUUGUGUUUUAAAUAAGAUGUCAUUUGUUAUAUUGUUUGUAAUCUCUUUUUAUAUGAAAUCAGAUACUAAAAUAGAAUAUAAAAUAUUA